AUGGAGACAGCAGACUUGAUGCCGCUGCUAGAGCAGCUGGAGGAUGAUAUCGAUGACCUGGAGGAGGCCCUCGAGCCUUUCCUAGGCCAAUCUUUGUCCUCCACUACGCAAAAAAUGCCGGUGUUGGACAAGGCGAAGCUGCAUGUUCUCGUCACCUAUGCUAUUGAAUCAAUACUUUUUGGUUAUUUGCGCCUUCAGGGUGUAAAUGCUAAGGAGCAUCCAGUUUUUAAAGAAUUGACCCGGGUUAGACAGUACUUCGAGAAGCUCAAGGCAGCGGAGACUGUUCCCGAGAAACGGACGAUGUCCAUAGACAAAGAGGCUGCUGGACGUUUUAUAAAACAUGGACUGACUGGAAACGAUAAGUACGACCUGGAGCGGGCGGAAAGGGUAGCAAAGGAAAAAGCCAUGGCGUUGUUAAAGGCCGCAAAGCUGGCGCGGCAACAGGCGUCCCAGUCUCCAGCCCAACCAUUACCACAAUGUCAACCCCAGGCGCAGCCCAUGGCUCGAAACCCAACUUCCAUAGAACAAGAGAAACCUUCGGGUAUGUCCUCCAAAUCGGAAACAACAGAAGACCAAGGCAAGGAGCAACCUGUGAAGUCUACCUCACCGGUUGAGCAGCCGAUGUCCAAAAUAGCCAAGAAGAAGCAGAAAGCUAAGGAAAAGAUGCAGGCACGGAAGCAGGAGCGCAAAGCGCACAAACAAGCCAUAAAGAGGCAGAAGAAAGCUGCGAGCAAACAAAACACCCACCAUAAUCGUGCCCCAGCAAGACCAACCGCUGCUCCCGCUAAACCUGCUCCCGCCACUCAACAGCAUCGCCCAGCUACCACUGCUGCUCAUCCUCCAGCCGUCGCCCCAGGCGCGCAACCUCCAGCUUCCCAGGCUGCUCCCGUCCAACAGAGCGCCGGACCAGGCCUGUUUGGCCAGAUGGCCUCCACCGCUGCCGGUGUCGCUGUGGGCUCUUCCAUUGGUCAUGCCAUCGGCGGCCUCUUUGGCGGCGGCUCCAGCGCACCAGCUGAAGCUCAACAGGCACCACCGCCUGCUGCUUCCCAGUCAAUGGAUAGCGGACUGUACCAAAGCAACAGCGCUACCAGUGGGUGGGCUGAGACACCUGCGUGCGAGACCGAUGCAAAGGCGUUUAGAAAGUGCAUGGACGACAAUCAGGGCAAUAUGAGUAUCUGCGGGUGGUAUUUGGAUCAACUGAAAGCUUGCCAGCAGGCUGCUAAGCCAUAUUAG